AUGGACACUUAUAGUCAGCGCUUCGAAGCCACGUCGGGACGAGAAGGUAAAUCUCAUAAGAAGAAGGCUUCCUCCUCCCACCUUGGUACGCCGUGCUCAGAAGAAGGAGACCGCAAACCUAAAUUUCACCUACCAUUUAGAAAUCUCACUGAUGACAUGCUGGACAGGUUUGCAAGUAUUCGGAUACCGGGUAGUAAGAAGGAACGUGCAGCCAUAUCCCAUUCUAAAUACAGUACCACUGAUUGGUCUGUAUUUUCAUCAUCAAACGCCCAGUUUGAGGAGCUUUCAUCAAAGAUCACUUCAGAAAAGGAAAUAUUGGCACUGUUUGAAAAGAUGAUGGAGGAUAUGAACUUGAAUGAGGAAAAAAAGACUCCCUUGAGAAACAAGGACAUGAAUACAAAGAGAGAAAUGGUCAUCCAGUAUGUUUGUACUGCUUCAAAAACGGGUAGCUUGACCAACAGCUUUCAGAUUUCUCCUCAAGAAUUCCUGGGAGAACUUAAGUCAGGAGUGAUGGAAGAACGGCUAUUUGCUUGCCUAGACUCACUGCGUGUCUCUCUUACCAGCAAUCCUGUUAGUUGGGUGCAGAGCUUUGGUCACGAGGGCCUUGGACUGCUACUUGACAUUUUGGAGAGGUUGCUGGCCAAGAAACGGCAGGAGAGGAUUGACAAAAAGAACCAACAUAAGGUUAUUCAAUGUUUAAAGGCCUUCAUGAACAAUAAGUACGGCUUGGAUAGAAUACUUGGGGAGGAGCGAAGUCUUGCACUACUAGCAAGAGCAAUAGAUCCCACCCAGUCUGCUAUGAUGACUGAUGUGAUGAAGUUGUUGUCAGCCAUCUGCAUUGUGGGCGAAGACAACAUUUUGGAGAAGGUCCUGGAAGCCCUCACCACUGCUGGGGAAUGGAGAGCCAUUGAAAGAUUUAAUCCCAUCGUUCAAGGUCUACAAGAUCGCUCAGUGCAGUUACAAGUGGCAUGCAUGCAGUUAAUCAAUGCACUUGUGACAUCACCUGAUGAACUGGAUUUAAGGCUGCAUAUCAGAAAUGAAUUCAUUCGUUGUGGCCUUAAAGUAAUUUUACCACAACUGUCAUCUGUGAGAAAUGAGGCCCUUGACAUUCAGCUGAGGGUAUUUGAGGAACACAAGGAAGAGGACAUGAUGGAGUUUUCACACAGGCUGGAGGACAUCAAAAGCGAAAUGGAUGAUGCUGGGGACGUGUUCAGUAUUUUGCUGAAUAUGGUGAAGGACAGCGGUGCCGAAAACUAUUUAAUCUCAAUACUGCAGCACUUGGUCCUGAUUCGCAAUGACUACUUAGUCAGGCUUCAGUACUUUAAGAUCAUUGAGGAGUGUGUGUCUCAAAUUGUUCUGCAUCGUAGUGGAACAGAUCCAGACUUCAGCUAUCGUAAACGUCUUGAUGUGGAUUUCAGCCACCUUGUAGAGGUUUGUGUAGAAAAGGCAAGAUUUGAGGAGUAUGAGCAAAGAUCUUUAGAACUGGCAGAGAAGUUUGAUGAAGAAUUUCUCAAACGACAGGAGGCCCAAGCUCAGUUGGUUAAAAGUGAAGAAAAGGUAGCUGAGCUUCAAGUUGAGCUGCAACAUUUUAAAUCCCAGAUUGGAGCUAUUCCAUUGGUUGGGAUAUCUGGUCACGUUGCACAGGAGUUUUCUUCUUCUCUGUCACCACGCGGGUCCUUACCCUGUAACGCAGCAUCUGGGUUGCCAGUUCCUCCUCCUCCACCACCUCCUCCAUUACCUGGUUGCCCUGCACCCCCUCCUCCUCCUCCUGGUGUACCUCCUCCAUUUGGUGCCCCUCCAUUUCCCCCAUUAGGAUUUGCAUGUGGUCCAGCCUUGUCCACUUGCCUUACCCUGCCUUAUGGCCUUAGGCCGAAAAAGGAAUUCAAGCCUGAGAAUUCCACAAAACGCUUGAAUUGGGCAAAGAUCCAUCCCCAGGAAAUGUCAGAGGGCUGUUUCUGGGUGCUCGCUAAUGAUGACCAAUAUGCAAAGCCAGAUUUGCUCAACAGAGUUGGGCUCACCUUUGGUUCACAAAGAGCAGCCAAAAGAGAAGAAGAGGAUCUUGAUGAUAAAAAAUCUAUUAAGAAGCGAAUUAAAGAGCUGAAGGUGCUUGAUCCCAAGAUUGCGCAGAAUCUAUCAAUUUUCCUAGGUUCUUUCCGUAUGCCUUACAAAGAAAUUCGUCAGAUGAUAUUGGAAGUUGAUGAAGAGCAGCUAACUGAACCAAUGAUUCAGAACCUUGUGAAACACUUGCCUGAGCAGGAGCAGCUGAAUGCUUUGGCCAAAUACAAGAAUGACUAUCCAAAUUUGUCAGAGCCGGAGCAGUUUGGGGUUAUUAUGAGCAGUGUAAAGCGGCUUUGUCCCCGACUCAACCAUAUCCUCUUCCGACUACAGUUUGAUGAGCAAGUAAAUAAUAUUCGUCCUGAUAUUUUGGCUGUAAAUUCUGCUUGUGACGAAGUCAGGACGAGCCACUCCUUCGGCUGCUUGCUGGAACUCGUAUUGCUGCUGGGUAAUUACCUGAAUGCUGGUUCCAGGAAUGCCCAGUCCUUUGGCUUUGACCUCAGCUCCCUCUGCAAGCUAAAAGAUACCAAGUCUUGUGACCAGAAGACCACAUUACUCCAUUUCCUGGCACAAAUAUGUGAGGAGGAAUUUCCAGACGUAAUAAAAUUUGUUGAAGACCUGAAACAUGUGGACCGAGCAAGCAGAGUGUCUGCAGAGAAUUUGGAAAAGAGCCUCAGGCAGAUGGAGAAGCAGCUGUUGCAGCUGGAGAGAGACCUCGAGACUUUUUCGUCCCCUGAUGACCCUAGUGACAUGUUCUUUAGUAAAAUGGCUAGCUUCAGCAAGCUGGCACGUGAGCAGUAUGGCAAACUGGUGACCAUGCAAAGCAACAUGGAGACACUUUACCUAAAUCUCUUGGAGUAUUAUGCUGUUGAUCCAAAGAAAACUUCAGUGGAGGAGUUCUUCACUGAUCUCAGCAACUUCCGUACAAUGUUUAUACAAGCACUCAAAGACAACAUGAAGCGCAAAGAGUGUGAAGAGAAACAGAGGAGAGCACAGGCAGCAAAAGAAAAGGCUGAGCGUGAAAAGCAGGAGAGACAACAGAAAAAGAGCGGGCUGCUUGAACUUAAUGCAGAGAAUGAUGAGACAGGUGUGAUGGAUUGUCUGCUAGAAGCCUUGCAAUCAGGAGCUGCAUUCAGAGACCGCAGGAAGAGAGCACCAAGACCCAGAGAUAACAAGCAGAAGACCAUCAGCCCCAGCACCUACCGUCAGGUUCUAAGGCCUGUUAAUCAUGAAAACAAGACUGCGCCCUUACUUCGCACUCGUUCUAGGCUGAACGUAAAUGCAAGUUCAGCCGUGGUGAAGACUCUACCCAAUAAGGAGUCUGAAAGCCAAGCAGCUUCAGCAGCACCAUCCAAAGUGGCAGUGAGUUCACAGCGAGAACGCAGGGACAGGAGCACCCUAGUCCACAGUUUUGGGUCAGAGAGUGAAAGAGUGCUAGUUGGGGAAGAACAUAAAUGUGCAGAUGUCAAGAAAGAGAUUGAAAGUGAGCUUUUAACCUCUCAGCCGUCAUCCACUGGUUCGAUCGUCUCUAGCACCAAUGGGGAGUCUGAUGUAGAAGCUCUGUUAGCAAAACUCAGGGCAUUGUAG